GGCCAGAACAUUUUUUUUGUGCCACAUGAGCCAACAUAACAGACUGAGGAACAUAUUCCUGACAGAGCUUGUCCUGGUUCUGAAGGUAGCCGUGUGACCGAGUCCAGAACGGACCAGCAGUCAUGGAUGACGUAUAUAAAGCAGCGGUAGAGAACUUGACAGAGGAGCAGAAAAAUGAAUUCAAGGCGGCCUUUGACAUCUUCAUUCAGGAUGCUGAAGAUGGCUGCAUCAGCACAAAGGAGUUGGGGAAGGUGAUGAGAAUGCUCGGACAAAAUCCAACUCCUGAGGAGUUACAGGAGAUGAUCGAUGAAGUGGAUGAGGAUGGCAGUGGCACGGUAGAUUUUGAUGAAUUCUUGGUUAUGAUGGUCCGAUGCAUGAAGGAAGAAAGCAAAGGGAAAUCAGAAGAGGAGCUGGCUGAGCUUUUCCGCAUGUUUGACAAGAAUGGAGAUGGUUACAUUGACUUAGAAGAACUGAAGAGCAUGCUAGAAUCCACUGGAGAACCCAUCACUGAAGAUGACAUUGAGGAGCUGAUGAAAGAUGGAGACAAAAACAAUGAUGGAAAGAUUGAUUAUGAUGAGUUCCUGGAGUUCAUGAAAGGUGUUGAAUAAAGAAGAGCUCUGGAGUGACCUUCCUUCAUUUUGCAAUGUCACCAAAGUUCAUUCCUGAAGACAUGUUCCCACCAUUUCUUUACAAACAUGUUGAUUUCUGAUAGCAGUAUUAAAUCAAAGUGCCAUUUGAAAAGACUGUUUUGAAUAAAGUUAUUUCUAUGAUCGUUUAA